GGAGAAACUCGUUUUUAACAGCUGGGGAUGCCGACUACAUGGGUGCAAAAUUGUGCGGCUUCUCCACCCUCCCUCGGGCUCCGCUUCCAACCUCCGAAAGUUCAGGAUGGUGCCUGGACAACCAUCACAAUUGCACAACUGUUGUGCAAUUGCACACACAACUGUUGUGUGUGCAGCAAGAUUCGCCGUCCCUAAAUUGACUGGGUGGACGCCUUACGAGAGCUGGGUUUUUUUUGCAGCUGGGCCUCGCCUCUCAAGCCAGCCGAACGGUUUCCAAAAAAAAGGCUCAGCCGAUGCCAGAUUAAUCUCUUGUAAACAAUGUUGGGGUGGUUACACACCCAGGCGCACCCUGCAAAUCUGCGACGAGAUGCUGGUUUGUUGCCUUGCUUGGCCUGCGCUGGUUUUAAUUCCUCCACGUCCGCUUGGGUUCUUCUUUUUUGGUUGAAUGGCCUCGAUUUUCUCCUGCUUAAAUGACUUUUUAUUUUAUUUUAUUUUUUGGGGAGACCACCCCAGCUGUGAAAUGACUGGGCAUCCUUCAGAAAAUCAGCUUUUUCCUGCCACUCACCGUCCAAUGUCCUGCCUUCCAGGGAUGAAAGCACCGGGGUGCCGAGUUUGAAUGGGCGCUUCUGUCUCAAGAUGGCCCAACGGCAUUCAACCGGCCUUCUGGGGGACAAAGGUCUUCUCCUGGACCCUCAACCCCUCAGCAACAACGGCAUGCCUCCACGAAAAUGCCCCUCCGUGACCUCCUUGGAGGAGCCCUCGACUCCGGUCUCCAACCCGCGCCGGAUCGUCCUGAGCACCGAGAGUCCAGCCGCCCUCAAGGUGGGCACCCAACAACUCAUCCCCAAGAGCUUAGCCGAAGAUCCCAAGUCCAAGCUCCCCAUCCGGCAUCAGAGCUUCUCCGAUGGGGCGGUGUGGGGCAGAGAGGGGGUCCGUUGCGACCCCAAGCGCUUGUCGGCUCCCAGCCUCUCUCUGGACGACGAACCGGAGGACGAAUUUGACGCCAGCGAGGGGACGUUGAAACGCAACCUGCGUAGCAUGUCCUACCGGGCGGCCAUGAAGGGCGUGAGGAACGGCGGAGAACCUGAGGCUCCCACGCCGGUGGGUCUCAAGCCCAUUUUGGAAAAUGCCAAGCCCCCCACCAGCCGGGUUCCCGCGAGGAACAAGCGGACUUUGGGGCGCAAGCGUCUGCAGCAUCACGGCGGUUCGUUCAAAGACGAUCCCCGAUUGUACCAAGAGAUCCGAGAAAAAGGCCUCAACUCCAUCAACCACGAGUCGGACGACGACCUCCUCGACCUGGACGCCAUUCCCGAAGAACGACCUACCGCCAUCGUGGUGAAAAGCUACCGUCCCGCUUACGCCACCUGGAGCCAACAGCCCGAGGUUCGGGAAACCGGCAUCUUGGACCAGAUAUCACCAGAAGAACGUAAGAGGCAAGAGGCCAUCUUUGAGAUCAUCACCUCCGAGUACUCCUACCUCCAUAGCCUGACCAUCCUGGUAGAGCAUUUUCUGAAAUCGGCCAGGUUAAAGGAGACCAUGACCCAAAUGGACCAUCAUCACCUCUUCUCCAACGUGGGGGACAUCUUGGCGGUCAGCAAGAGCUUUUUCGAGGACUUGGAGAAGAGGCACCACGAGCACGCGGUAAUUUCGGACAUCAGCGACGUGGUGGAAGCGCACGCCUCCGGACACUUCCACCCCUACAUCAUCUACUGCUCCAACGAGGUCUACCAGCAAAGGACCCUUCAGAAACUCUUAACUUCCAACGUGGCCUUUAAGGAGUCGUUAAAACAGAUUGAACAGAAGCCGGAAUGCGGCAGCCUGCCCUUGAUUUCCUUCCUCAUCCUCCCCAUGCAGAGGGUGACCCGCCUGCCUCUCCUCAUGGAUACGGUUUGCCAAAAAACCCCGGCGAACACAGCUGCGUACCGAGCGACGACCCAAGCUUUGAAGGCCAUCAGCAAACUCGUGAAGAAGUGCAACGAGGGAGCUCACACCAUGGAAAGGACCGAACAGAUGUGCAGCUUGCAGAACCAGCUGGAUUUUGGCAAAGUCAAGAACUUCCCAUUGAUCUCAACGUCCCGCUGGCUUUUGAAAAGGGGCGAGGUCUCCCUCCCUCCAACCGAAGACGGCGGGAUCUUCCGGAAGGGAUCCGGGCGAGGAAUCUGUUACCUCUUUGUCUUCAACGACGUCCUGAUCAUCACCAAGAAAAAAAGCGAGGAGAGCUACGCCGUCCUCACCUACUCCAUGUUGGAACAUCUCUCGGUCGAGAAAAUCGAAACCCCGGACAGUCCGACCAGCCUCGGACGCGGCGGUCACCUCUUCCGUCUCACUUUGCGAAAGGACAGCGAAGGCAAGCCGGAGGAAGUCGUCCUGGCUGCAGAAUCCCGAAGCGACAGGGCCCGAUGGAUCAGCGCCUUAAUGCACCGAGAAGAAAAAGAAACCAGCACAGCAGAGAAAGGAGCACUCCAACAGGUAGAGAUCACCAGAGCCUAUCUGGCCAAGCAGGCGGAUGAGAUUUCACUCCAGCAGUCCGACGUCGUCCUUAUCCUGAAUCAGGAAGUGGGCUGGUAUUUGGGGGAGCGCCUGCGGGACGGAGAGAAGGGCUGGUUCCCACAAGCCUGCGCCCAGGAAAUCACCAACCGCAACGCCGUCGAACGCAACGUGCAGCGCCUGGAACGGUUGCGCAUCGAGACCGACGUGUGACGACGGAGUGGGUCCCGUCUCAACCCGCUCGGAUCCCAGAGCCACCGGAAGGUACUUUUUAAGGGCCAGGGAGUUGCAAAUCCGGAUACCGGACCGCAUCCGUUCCUCCUGGCUCAAACAGAGACGCUGGUCUUUUCUUUUUUAAAUAAAUCGGAUCGUAGCAAAAUCCACUGCCUAAAAUCCAGCUGGAUUGGAAAAGCUGCAAAGAGGUCGGCAACUGCCAGCCGUUGGAUUGAAUCCUGCCCUUUUUAUAGAUUUUUCUUUUUAAAAAAAACCAGGGAACAGAGUAAUUUUUACGAUGGAUUUUUAAGACUCGUGAUGUUUUCAUCUGCUCCCUUUCCCCCCCCCCCAUAAUUCCUCAGGGGUUCCUUUAAUUAAUAUUCCCAGAACGGCCUCCGUUCUAAGGUCCCCGAUGUUUAAUCUUGUACAUAAUUCUCCUUUUCCUUUCAGCCGUAAACCGUUCAAUGACUCCAAAGUUAUACAACUCUCUGUGACUUGAUUUCUCUUCCCCUUUCUACUCACACCAUUGGGUGUGAGUUGUGUUGUUAUUUUUCCUAAAUAUUCCUCGAAUAAAACAAGGGGGAGGGGGAUUUGUGGGGGUUUUUUUC